AUGGAUUCUUGGCUUCAGGAAAUUCACGAUACACGUCGUGUGUUGGCUAAUCUGGGUCGAGUUAUCGAUGAUGAUCUCACUGUGGACGUGAUUCUCAUGGGAGUAGUGCAGACAAACAGAGAUGUCGUGCGUCAGUUUUCUCGCAUCAUGGCUCCCGGGUCCCGACCCACUCUGCAGCAAGUCUUGAACACACUGAAGUCCGAGACCGAGAUGGAUGAGAUCGUCCGCGAUGAGGAAGAGGGAAACUCGAAGAUCAUGCACUCUGGCCAUCACAAAUUUGAGUGUCGUAAGCUCAAAUUUGAUCUGAAGCACGGCAACGUAGAUGCUGAAAAAGCAAAGUGUGGCAACAAUUCUGGGGAUAGCUCUAGCGUAUAUGGGGGAAACAAAGGUGGACCUCCUCAGCCGUUACCAUUGGGAAUGAUCGGUCGUGUUGAAAAUACUUGUGCUGUGUCAAGUACUGGGUCUACAUUAUUGUCGACGUUUGAUACCUCUAAUUCAUUGGAGUGGAUAUUAGACACAGCAGCUAUUACUCAUACCUGCGCUGACCGGUCACUUAUGACACAGUUCCCGCACUACGUGGAGACGAACACGCCACAUGAACCGUGGACAGGAGAAGUAACAACGGAACAUUUGGUGUCUCAAUUGCCUGUAUCUUUCCUAUCCACACAAGAUAGACGUGGCGAAACUGGAGAAGCGCUUGAUUGCGUUCUUACUGGAGUUCGUAAUGUUGUUGGAUGUCACGUUAAUCUGCUAAGUGUUAAUGCACUUGAAGAGCAAGGCUGGCAAUGUGAGUCACAGUAUCCUCAGGACGGACCUCCAAGACGGCUAUUAUGGAAGGGGCCGACAGCAAUAGUGCUUGGCAAGAGUCGAGGUUACUAUCGCACUCGUGGUUUGUGUAAUUCACCUCAAGUAGUUGCAUCAUUUGUGGCUGGAGGUGAAUCGAUAUUUCGGUGGCAUCUUCGCUUUGGUCAUGUGAAUUUUGCAGCAUUGCAGCAACUUCAUCGUGAUCGAGAUGGCUACAGGCAUGACGAUCUCUCCUAG